AUGGAAAGUGAAGUAGGAGGUGUCAGAGGUAGAGGUAGAUCCCUCUCUACGUCAACUCCAACUUUGACCUCCUUUGUAACAUCUCACCCUACAUCUCCGCCAACAAUCCCCCUUCCAUCCUCAAGGAAGUUGUUAUCGACCUCUUCAUCUUGCUUCAACGUCCGAACACCCUCACCUCACUUCUCACCUUUACCCGGUAGCCAGCUACCCCAUUCAAGCAGUAUGACGAAACGAUUCCGAUCCACUGGGGUUUACCCCUCCCCUUCGCCUGAGCUGGGAGAGAGGACAGAGGAGUUCAAUAGUAAGGUGCUGCAGGCUGAGGAGAGGAUGAUCUCGAGGGAGCUAAAGACGAAAUCUGAAGGUAGAGGGAGAUUCAUCAGAAUCGUCGAAGUCUCCGCCAGAGACGGAUUGCAAAACCUACCUGGUCCGGCUGUCCCCACUGAGCUGAAACGAGAAUUGGUAGAAAGGUUGUUAGAAGCUGGAGUGAGGAAUAUAGAAGUGGGAAGUUUUGUCAGGGGAGAUUGGGUACCGCAGAUGGCAGAUACACCAAAACUCCUACCACUACUCCCACCUCUCACCGGUCGAUCACUCCCAUUGCCAUUCCCUUCACCUCCUUCCACACGACCUCAGACUCCCGAAGAAACAAGCUCAAUUCCAAUUGCAGGACCAUCAUCCCUCAAACAUAUCAUAGAUAGUACGGUCAUACCCGCUUCAGCGAGUCAGGUCCAUUUCCCAGUGCUUAUCCCCAACAUGAAAGGAUUGGAUAACCUGAUCAAUCUUCAGGAACAGCAUUCAGCAAAUGGUGGUGGGCGAUUGACGGAUGAGGUGGCUGUGUUUGUCUCUGCCACUGAGGCAUUCUCCCAGGCCAACAAUCACGCUCCCUUGUCCAAGAUCCUCUCUUCGCUACCGCCCGUGAUCACCAAAGCCAGAUCGUUGGGAUACAGAGUACGAGGAUACGUCUCAUGCGUCAUCACAUGUCCCUAUUCUGGUCCGACACCUCCCGAAGACGUUGUGGACGUGGCUUUGAAACUGAUAGAUAUGGGAUGUUACGAGAUCAGCCUGGGCGAUACUACCGGUGAAGGUGAUCCAGAAUCUUGGAGGAGGGUUUGGAGGGAAUGUGAGAGGAGAGGAAUGGAUAUGACUCGGGUGGCUGUGAGUUGCCACGACACUUUCUCCCUCGCCCUCUCCUCCAUCCUCUCCUUACUACCCUACAACCUCACUUCAAUCGACUCCUCCCUAGCUGGCUUAGGCGGAUGUCCAUACUCCCCCGGAGCGACAGGCAAUGUCCCAACGGAAGAUGUUGUAUAUGCACUACAUAAAUUGGGUUAUGAGACGGGUAUAGAUCUGGACAAGUUGGUAGAAUGUGGGAACUGGUUGAGUGCGAGGUUAAAUAGGAGGAAUGAAAGUAGAGUAGGGAGAGCGAUAUGGGCUAGAAGACAAGCUAGGGAAAACCAACAGAAAGGGAAAGAGGGAUUGAAGGGUAGUGAAGGAGAAGAAACUGAAGAUGGGAUGUAA